AUGGCUCCGUCGGUUGAGGACCUGGGACAGGAGUUGGAGGCCACAGCCCAGGAUGUGUUGGGGAAACUGAAGAGCCGCCAGCUGUUCCAGUCUGAUUGGGACACGGCCGCCUUUGUCGUCUUCCUCAUCUUUGUGGGCACGGUGCUGUUUCUGCUACUGCUUGUCAUCAUUCAUUGCUGCUGCUGUUGCUGCUGCAACUCCCCCAGGUCCCUGAAGCGGAGCCCCAAGGGGGUAGAUAACCUCGCCCUGGAGCCUUAACGAGUCCCUGCCAGCCCCUUCCUGUGUCCUGCAUGGCUGUGAC